AUGGGUUCGACUACGACGCACAGGUGCACGGGAUUCGGGAUCCAGGAGAUUCUGGGCUCGAACAUGGAAUCUCUGCAGCACAGGGCGCACCUUCUGGCGGCUAGGUCGGCUUUGGGCCCCGCGGGAGUCGGGGUUGGGAUGGGAAUUAUUGGUCCAGGAGUAAUGCAUUCGUUUUACAGCCAGCCUGCCUUUCUGGAGGUGAUACAGGAGGCGCAGAGUGUUCACCUUCAGCCGCUCAACAGUGCCAGUGGACAGCUGGAUUCGCAUCACUCCGCAAGCUGCUCUGGUAAAUGUUUAAACUAUAGGCUAGCGUAGGCCUAUACAUUCUAAAAGUAUAUCUUUUUAAGUAGCCAAUAAGCAAUUCAUUUGACAUGUAUUUAUUUAUUUUUAUUUUAAUGUUUAUGUUGCAGCCCAUUUCUAUCUGGGCUGAAAAUGUCAUUUUGGUUUUAAUGAUUGCAAAUGAUCUUAUCCUGUUUUUGAAUAUAUUGUCACACUGUAGGAUAACAGUUUAUAAUUAUGACAUUGUAAUUGUAUUGGCAAUAGACCUGUGGCUAUUUAUUUAAUGAUAAACUAUGGCUCUUUAUUUACAGAUUCAGAUGACGUAUCCUCCGACGAAAAUACAUUUUCCAAAUCAUCAAUGAACCAAAACAACAAAAUAAAGAAGAGACUUCACAGGUAAAACUAUUGACUAUAACUAAUAUUCACAGGUAAAACUAAUGGCUAUAACUAAUAUUCACAGGUAAAACUAUUGGCUAUAACUAAUAUUCACAGGUAAAACUAUUGACUAUAACUAAUAUUCACAGGUAAAACUAUUGGCUAUAACUAAUAUUCACAGGGAAAACUAUUGGCUAUAACUAAUAUUCACAGGUAAAACUAAUGGUUAUAACUAAUAUUCACAGGUAAAACUAAUGGCUAUAACUAAUAUUCACAGGUAAAACUAAUGACUAUAACUAAUAUUCACAGGUAAAACUAAUGACUAUAACUAAUAUUCACAGGUAAAACUAAUGGCUAUAACUAAUAUUCACAGGUAAAACUAAUGACUAUAACUAAUAUUCACAGGUAAAACUAAUGACUAUAACUAAUAUUUAUCUCACUGUAUUUGAAUUGGAGUAUAUGCCAUUGAGGCGUAUAUAAGUAAACAAAAUGCCGUGAGAGGUUUUUUUGAAGCAUUUGGUAAGCGACAUUUUUCUAAUAAAUAUAGCCUACAAUAUUUCGAUGUUUGCACCUCCUCAAUAUUCUCAGAACAUGUAUUUGAACGAAAACGUCCAAAUAAACAAAUGAUAAUCAAGUAUGAAUUGAAAUACAUUUCUAAAUUAUUUUAAUGCCUCGAAAAUAAAGACGAGAUGGUGUGUAGGCUACAUAGCCAACUUAUAUUUCAUUACAUCUUUUGCAAUAAGUGACGGCUUUUAUUUUAUAUACACUACCGGUCAAAAGUUUUAGAACACCUACUCAUUCAAGGGUUUUUCUUUAUUUUUUUACUAUUUUCUACAUUGUAGAAUUAUAGUGAAGACAUCAAAACUAUGAAAUAACACAUUUGGAAUCAUGUAGUAACCAAAAAAGUGUUAAACAAAUCAAAAUAUAUUUUAUAUUUGAGAUUCUUCAUAGCCACCCUUUGCCUUGAUGACAGCUUUGCACACUGUUGACAUUCUCUCAACCAGCUUCAUGAGGUUGUCACCUGGAAUGCAUUUCAAUUAACAGGUGUGCUUUCUUAAAAGUUAAUUUGUGGAAUUUAUUUCCUUCUUAAUGCGUUUGAGCCAAUCAAUUGUGUUGUGACAAGGAAGGGGUGGUAUACAGAAGAUAGCCCUAUUUGGUAAAAGAUCAAGUCCAUAUUAUGGCAAGAACAGCUCAAAUAAGCAAAGAGAAACCACAGUCCAUCAUUACUUUAAGACAUGAAGGUCAGUCAAUAUGGAACAUUUCAAGAACUUUGAAAGUUUCUUGAAGUGCAUUCACAAAAACCAUCAAGCACUAUGAUGAAACUGGCUCUCAUGAGGACCACCACAGGAAUGGAAGACCCAGAGUUACCUCUGCUGCAGAGGAUAAGUUAAUUAGUGUUACCAGCCUCAGAAAUUGUAGCCCAAAUAAAUGCUUCACAGAGUUCAAGUCACAGACACAUCUCAACAUCAACUGUUCAGAGGAGACUGCGUGAAUCAGGCCUUCAUGGUCAAAUUGCUGCAAAGAAACCACUACUAAAGGACACCAAUUAGAAGAAGAGACUUGCUUGGGCCAAGAAACACGAGCAAUGGAUAUUAGACCGAUGGAAAUGUGUCCUUUGGUCUGGAGUCCAAAUUAGAGAUUUUUGGUUCCAACCGCUGUGUCUUUGUGAGACGUGGUGUGGGUGAACGGAUGAUCUCCGCAUGUGUAUUUCCCACCGUAAAGCAUGGAGUAGGAGGUGUUAUGGUGCUUUGCUAGUGACACUGUCUGUGAUUUAUUUAGAAUUCAAGGCACACUUAACCAGCAUGGCUACCACAGAAUCUGCCGCAAUACGCCAUUUUUAAGUUUUUUAUAUUUUUUUAGUAAUUAUUAUUAUUAUUAUUAUUUUUAUUUUUUGGGUCAUUUAGCAGACACUCUUAUCCAGAGUGACUUACAUGAGCAACUAGGGUUAAGUGCCUUGCUCAAGGGCACAUCGACAGAUUUUUCACCUAGUCGGCUCGGGAAUUAGAACCAGCGACCUUUCGGUUACUGGCACAACGCUCUUAACCACUAAGCUACCGCCAUCCCAUCUGGUUUGGGCUUAGUGGGACUAUCAUUUAUUUUUCAACAGGACAAUCACCCAACACACCUCCAGGCUGUGUAAGGGCUAUUUUACCAAAAAGGAGAGUGAUGGAGUGCUGCAUCAGAUGCCCUGGCCUUCACAAUCCCCCGACCACAACCAAAUUGAGAUGGUUUGGGAUGAGUCGGACCGCAGAGUGAAGGAAAACCAGCCAACAAGUGCUCAGCAUAUGAGGGAACUCCUUCAAGACUGUUGGAAAAGCAUUCCAGGUGAAGCUGGUUGAGAGAAUGUCAACAGUGUGCAAAGCUGUCAUCACAGCAAAGGGUGGCUAUUUGAAGAAUCAGAUAUAUAAAAUAUAUUUUGAUUUGUUUAACACUUUUUUGUUUACUACAUGAUUCCAUAUGUGUUAUUUCAUAGUUUUGAUGUCUUCACUAUUAUUCUAUAAUGUAGAAAAUAGUACAAAUAAAGAAAAACCCUUGAAUGAGAAGGUGUUCUCAAACUUUUGACCGGUGGUGUAUACAUAUAUAAUAUAUAUAUAUAUAUAUAUAUAUUAGUCAAGAGGUGGACAUUUUCCAAACAGUUCUGCUGUAGCAACAAACAAAACAAAGUAGAGUAUUCCUUUUCUUCUUUUGAUAACGGUAUUCAGGAUUAAAUAUUUUGAAUAAAAUCUUUACAUUCUCAUGCAUGCUAUCACGGAUAGCCUACAAGGUGUCAAUAUUUCUGGUGCUGUAUAUUCUACAAGUAGCCUACUUCAAGCGAAAAAAUCAUGCGUAAAAUAAGCAUGUGUAAAUAAUCUCCUGAUAAUGUAAUUAUUUAUUAUACUUAUUCAAAUUUCAUUUAUUUAUUCUAAAUCAACUUUUUUAUUUUGGAAUUAUAAAAUAAUUCGUUUUGUGCCCACUGCCAUAUGAACUAAAACAAACUAAACGUCAUGCUUAUCCAUUUUUAUACAAAAUAAAAAAUAAACUGUUAUUAGCUUAGAUUUGAUUCCGAGUAGAAAGUGUUCUGUUUGAAGUACACAGCACUUCAUCAAAUAGAUAUAUUUAAGGACAAAUGUGUAAAAAUAAAUAUUUGUUGUUGUUUUUUUUAACCUUUAUUUAUCCAGGAAGUCCCAUUGAGAUCAGAAGACCUCUUUUACAAGGGAGACCAGUUUAUAUGGACUUGACACUUCCAGGCACAAUUCAAAUCAAUACUUCUCUAUGCAAAUGUUUGUCACCAAAAUAACUGUUUUUUUUUGUGUUCCCUCUCUAAUGUUUCUAUCAGGACUAUAUUCACAUCAGAUCAGCUGGAUGAGUUGGAGAAGGCUUUCAAUGAGGCCCGCUACCCUGAUGUCUACGCCAGAGAGAUGCUCUCCAUGAAGACUGAUCUUCCAGAGGACAGGAUACAGGUACAUAACAUACUGUAGCCUGGUGGUGUGUGUUUGUGUGUGUGUUUGUGUGUGUGUGUGUUUGUGUGUGUGUGUGUGUUUGUGUGUGUGUGUGUGUGUGUUUGUGUGUGUGUGUGUGUGUGUGUUUGUGUGCGCUUGCGUGCUCGUGCAUGAGUAUGUAUCCUCCAUAUAUGUUAGGCACAAGGCGUGGUGGGAGCCAUAAAUGAAAUGAAAUUAAUUAGCUUGGGUCAAUGGCAGGGCUCUCUUGGGAUCUAGCUCUUUAAUUUCCCUGGUGAUAUUUGAGCGCCUGUCGCCCAUCGAUCGGCUCUGAAAAUUAACGUGUUUUUCAAUCAGCCUCCAGGUGCCCCUAGGGUCACCCUCCUGUUCUUUACUUUCUCAGCUCAGCUGCUUCACACACACACACACACACAUACACACACACACACACACACACACACACACACACACACACACACACACACACACACACACACACACACACACACACACACCUCUGCUCUCUGCUGAGAGCCCUGGAAGUAAUCUCUCAUCACCAGACCUAUCGCCAUGAGAUCAAAUAAAAUCAAAUUUGAUUGGUCACAUACACAUAUUUAGCAGAUGUUAUUGCGGGUGUAGCGAAAUGCUUGUGUUCCUAGAUCCAACAGUAUCUAACAAUUCAGAACAAUACACAAAUCUAAAAGUAAAAGAAUGGAAUCAAGAAAUAUAUAGUUAUUAGGACAAGCAAUGUCGGAGUGGCAUUGACUAAAAUACAGUAGAAUAGAAUACAGUAUAUACAUAUGAAAUGAGUAAAGCAGUAUGUAAACAUUAUUUAAGGGACUAGUGUGCCAUUAUUAUAGUGACCAGUGAUUCCAUGUCUAUGUACAUAGGGAAGCAGCCUCUAAGGUGCAGGGUUGAGUAACCGGGUGGUAGCCGGCUAGUGAUGGCUAUUUAACAGUCUGAUGGCCUUGAGAUAUAAGCUGUUUUUCAGUCUCUCAGUCCCAUCUUUGAUGCACCUGUACUGACCACGCCUUCUGGAGGAUAGCGGGGUGAACAGGCCGUGGCUCUGGUGGUUGAUGUCCUUGAUGAUAUUUUUGGCCUUCCUGUGACAUAGGGUGCUGUAGGUGUCCUGGAGGGCAGGCAGUGUGCCCCCGGUGAUGCGUUGGGCAGACUGUACCACCCUCUGGAGAGCCCUGCGGUUGCGGGCGGUGCAGUUGCCGUACCAGGCGGUGAUACAGCCCGACAGGAUGCUCUCAAUUGUGCAUCUUUAAAAGUUUCUGACGGUCUUAGGGGCCAAGAUGAAUUUAUUCAGCCUCCUGAGGUUGAAGAGGCGCUGUUGUGUCUUCUUCACCACACUGUCUGUGUGGGUGGACUAUUUCAGAUUGUCAGUGAUGUGUACGCCAAGGAACUUGAAGCUUUCCACCUUCUCCGCUGCGGUCCCGUCGAUGUGGAUAGGGGCGUGCUACCUCUGCUGUUUCCUGAAGUCCACGAUCAGCUCCUUCGUUUAGUUGACAUUGAGAGAGAGGUUAUUUUCCUGGCACACACUCCCAGAGCCCUCACCUCCUCCCUGAAGGCUAUCUCGUAUUUGUUGGCAAUCAGGCCUGCUACUGUUGUGUCGUCUGCAAACUUGAUGAUUGAGUUGGAGGCGUGCUUGGGCAUGCAGUCAUGGGUGAACAGGGAGUACAGGAGGGGGCUGAGCAUGCACCCUUGUGGGGCUCCUGUGUUGAGAAGCAUCGAAGUGGAGGUGUUGUUUCCUACCUUCACCACCUGGGGGUGGCCCGUCAGGAAGUCCAGGACCCAGUUGCACAGGGCGGGGUUCAGACCCAGGGCCCCGAGCUUAAUGAUGAGAUUAGAGGGUACUAUGGUGUUGAAGGCUGAGCAAUGAACAGCAUUCUGACAUAGGUAUUCCUCUUGUCCAGAUGGGAUUGGGCAGUGUGCAGUGCAAUGGCGAUUGCAUCGUCUGUGGAUCUAUUGGGGCGGUAAGCAAAUUGAAGUGGGUCUAGGGUGACAGGUAAGGUAAGGUAGAGGUGAUAUGAUCCUUGACUAGUCUCUCAAAGCACUUCAUGAUGGUGAGUGCUACGGGGCGAUAGUCAUUUAGUUCAGUUACCUUUGCUUUCUUGGGUACAGGAACAAUGACAUCUUGAAGCAAGUGGGGACAGCAGACUGGGAUAGGGAGAGAUUUAAUAUGUCCCUAAACACAACAGCCAGCUGGUGUGCGCAUGCUCUGAUGAUGCGGCUAGGGAUGUCAUCUGGGCUGGCAGCCUUGCGAGGGAUAAUGUCUUACUCACCUCGGCCACGGAGAACGAGAGCUCACAGUCCUUGGGAGCGGGCCGCGUCGGUGGCACUGUGUUAUCCUCAAAGCAGGCGAAGAAGGCCAUAGUUAGGAAUAGUUAGGAUGUGGAUAGUGAGGAUGUGGAUAGUGAGGAUGUGGAUAGUGAGGAUGUGGAUAGUGAGGAUGUGGAUAGUUAGGAUGUAAAUAGUGAGGAUGUGGAUAGUGAGGAUGUGGAUAGUUAGGAUGUGGAUAGUUAGGAUGUGAAUAUUUAGGAUGUGGAUAGUUAGGAUGUGGAUAGUUAGGAUGUGAUUAGUGAGGAUGUGGAUAGUUAGGAUGUGGAUAGUGAGGAUGUGGAUAGUGAGGAUGUGGAUAGUUAGGAUGUAAAUAGUGAGGAUGUGGAUAGUGAGGAUGUGAAUAGUGAGGAUGUGGAUAGUUAAGAUGUAAAUAGUGAGGAUGUGGAUAGUGAGGAUGUGGAUAGUUAGGAUGUGAAUAGUGAGGAUGUGGAUAGUGAGGAUGUGAAUAGUGAGGAUGUGGAUAGUUAGGAUGUAAAUAGUGAGGAUGUGGAUAGUGAGGAUGUGGAUAGUUAGGAUGUGAAUAGUGAGGAUGUGGAUAGUUAGGAUGUGGAUAGUGAGGAUGUGAAUAGUGAGGAUGUGGAUAGUUAGGAUGUAAAUAGUGAGGAUGUGGAUAGUUAGGAUGUGGAUAGUUAGGAUGUGAAUAGUGAGGAUGUGGAUAGUUAGGAUGUGGAUAGUUAGGAUGUGUGUAAAGCCUUCGACGAAAUACAAUGCUAUUUCUCUGUAAAGAAAUUAAUAACAGACUUUCAGCAUGCUUAUAGGGAAGGGCACUCAACAUGUACUGCACUGACACAAAUGACUGAUGAUUGGUUGAAAUAAAUGGAUAAUAAGAAGAUUGUGGGAGCUGUACUGUUAGACCUUAGUGCAGCCUUUGAUAUUAUUGACCAUAACCUGUUGUUGAAAAAACAUAUGUGUUAUGGCUUUUCAACCUCUGCCAAUAUCGGGGAUUCAGAGCUAUCAAUCUAAUAGAACUCAAAGGGUUUUCUUUAGUGGAAGCUUCUCUAAUGUCAAACAUAUAAAGUGUGGUGUACCGCAAGGCAGCUCUCUAGGCCCUCUACUCUUCUAUUUUUACCAAUGGGCUGCCACUGGCUUUAAACAAAGCAUGUGUGUCCAUGUAUGCUGAUGAUUCAACCAUAUACGCAUCAGCAACCACAGCUAAUGAAGUCACUGAAUUGCAACCGAGGUCAGAUGAUUUUUACGUGCUUCAGCCGUUGUUGCUCCUAGACGUUUCCACUUCACAAUAACAGCACUUAAAGUUGACUGGGGCAGCUCUAGCAGGGCAGAAAUUUGACGAACUGACUUGUUGGAAAGGUGGCAUCCUAUGACGGUGCCACGUUGAAAGUCACUGAGCUCUUCAGUAAGUCCAUUCUACUGCCAGUGUUUGUCUAUGGUGAUCGCAUGGCGGUGUGCUCGAUUUUAUACACCUGUCAGCAACGGGUGUGGCUGAAAAGCCAAAUCCACUAAUUUGAAGGGGUGUCCACAUACUUCUAUAUAUAUAGUAUAUUAUUAUAUUGUAUAUUUCUGUGUUUCAUUUUCUAUCAGUUUGGUAAAAUUUCUAAAAACAUGUUUUCACUUUGUCAUUAUGGGGUAUUGUGUGUAGAUUGCUGAGAAUUAUACUUUUUUUUAAAUCCAUUUUGAAUUCAGGCUGUAACAAAAUGUGGAAUAUGUAAUUGUAACUCAUUGGUUGUGAUAUGUUUAUCUGACGUACUUUACACACAUAAAAAGGUUUGAUGGUAACCUGGUUGCAAAAAGAUCCCACUAUGUCAAACUUAUCCGUCAGCAUUUAUAUAAUUGUACCAAAACUUACUGUUUCCAUCAGCUGUUGUGAUUUGUUUAUAUACAGUGCCUUCGGAAAGUAUUCAGACCUCUUGACUUUUUCCACAUUUUGUUAUGUUACAGCCUUAUUCUAAAAUGGAUUAAAUAAAUAAAAAUCCUCAGCAAUCUACACACAAUACCCCAUAACGACAAAGCGAAAACAGGUUUUUAGACAUUUUUGCAAAUUUAUAAAAAAUUUAAAACAGAAAUACCUUAUUUACAUAAGUAUUCAGACCCUUUGCUAUGAGACUCAAAAUUGAGCUCAGGUGCAUCCUGUUUCCAUUGAUCAUCCUUGAGAUGUUUCCACAACUUGAUUGGAGUACAUCUGUGGUACAUUUAAUUGACGUGAUUUGAAAAGGCACACUUGUCUAUAUAAGGUCCCACAGUUGACUGUCACGAUCGUCGGGAACAGAGGACCAAUGCGCAGCAUUAUUUGCGAACAUAUUUAUUAGUGAUUUACUGAACAAAACAACAAAACGAUAACGUGACGUCCUUAGACAAACACAACCUACUUGGAACAAGAUCCCACAACCACUGUGGGAAAACAGCCUGUCUAAAUGUGGUUCCCAAUCAGAGACAACCAGCAACAGCUGACACUCGUUGCCUCUGAUUGAGAACCACACUGGCCAACAUAGAAAUACUUAACCUAGAAUGUAAAACACAAGAAAACUCACACCGUGGCUCAACAUACUAGAGUCCCCAGAGCCAGGGCGUGACAUUGACAGUGCAUGUCAGAGCAAAAACCAAGCCAUGAGGUCGAAGGAAUUGUCCGUAGAGCUCUGGGACAGGAUUGUGUCGAGGCACAGAUCUGGGGAAGGGCACAAAAAAAUGUCUGCAGCAUUGAAGGUCCCCAAGAACACAGUGGCCUCCAUCAUUCUUAAAUGGAAGAAGUUUGGAACCACCAAGACUCUUCUUAGAGCUAGCCGCCUGUCCAAACUGAGCAAUCGGGUGAGAAGGGCCUUGGUCAGGGAGGUGAUCAAGAACCCGAUGGUCACUCUGACAGAGCUCCAGAGUUCCUCUGUGGAGAUGGGGGAACCUUCCAGAAGGACAACCAUCUCUGCAGCACUCCACCAAUCAGGCCUUUAUGGUAGAGUGGCCAGACGGAAGCCACUCCUCAGUAAAUUGCAGAUGACAGUCCGCUUGGAGUUUGCCAAAUGGCACCUGAAGGACUCAGACCAUGAGAAACAAGAUUCUCUGGUCUGAUGAAACCAAGAUUGAACUCUUUGGCCUGAAUGCCAAGUGGCACGUCUGGAGGAAACCUGGCACCAUCCCUACGGUGAAGCAUGGUGCUGGCAGCAUCAUGCUGUAGGGAUGUUUUUCAGCGGCAGGGACUGGGAGACUAGUCAGGAUCGAGGGAAAGAUGAACGGAGCAAAGUAAAGAGAGAUCCUUGAUGAAAACCUGCUCCAGAGCACUCAGGACCUCAGACUGGGGCAAAUGUUCACCUUCCAACUGGACAAUGACCCUAAGCACACACCCAAGACAACCUAGGAGUGGCUUCGGAACAAGUCUCUGAAUGUGCUUGAGUGGCCCAGCCAGAGCUCGGACUUGAACCUGAUCGAACAUCUCUGGAGAGACCUGAAAAUAGCUUUGCAGUGAAGCUCCCCACCCAACCUGACAGAGCUCGAGAGGAUCUGCAGAGAAGAUUGGGAAAAACUCCCCAAAUACAGGUGUGCCAAGCUUAUAGCGUCAUAUCCAAGAAGACUCAAGGCUGUAAUCGCUUCCAAAGGUGCUUCAACAAAGUACUGAGUAAAGGGUCUGAAUACUUAUGUAAAUACUAUGCAUGCCAGUCUCUCUUGGCUAAGAGUUGAGGAGAGACUGACUGCAUCACUUCUUCUUUUUUUAAGAAACAUUGAAAAUCCCAAAUUGUUUGUAGAGUCAAAAUACACACAGCUCUGACACACACACUUACCCCACUAGACAUGCCACCAGGGGUCUUUUCACAGUCCCCAAAUCCAGAACAAAUUCAAGAAAGCGUACAGUAUUAUAUAGAGCCAUUAUUGCAUGGAACUCCGUUCUAUCUCAUUUUGCUCAAAUGAACAGCAAACCUGGUUUCAAAAAACAGAUUAAGCAACACCUCACGGCACAACGCCUUUCCCCUAUUUGACCUAGAUAGUUUGUGUGUAUGUAUUGAUAUGUAGGCUACGUGUGCCUUUUUAAAAUUGAUGUAGUUCUGUCCUUGAGCUGUUCUUGUCUAUUAAUGUUCUGUAUUAUGUCGUGUUUCAUGUUCUGUGUGGACCCCAGGAAGAGUAGCUGCUGUUUUUGCAACAGCUAAUGGGGAUCCUAAUAAAAUACCAAAAUACAUGUAGUGGCUGUUAUGCCAAUGUGUUGUUUUAUGACUUGCAUGCACUGUCCAUAUAAUUAGGCUGAUCUUAUAUUUUUACUUGAGUUUUAUAUUAUAUUGAGUGACAUUGCAUUUUAUGUACGUUUCUGCAUAUGUACCAAGAUGUUAAAAUAAACCUAAACCUAAACUUACAUCCCCUGUCCCUCCCUCCCUCUCUCCCUCCCUCCCUCCCUCCCUCCCUCCCUCUCUCCUCCCUCCCUCCCUCCCUCCCUCCCUCCCUCCCUCCCUCCCUCCCUCCCUCCCUCCCUCUCUCCCUGCAGGUUUGGUUUCAGAACCGCCGUGCCAAGUGGAGGAAGAGGGAGAAGUGUUGGGGUCGCAGCAGUGUGAUGGCAGAGUACGGCCUGUACGGAGCCAUGGUCCGUCACUCCAUCCCUCUGCCUGAGUCCAUCCUCAAGUCAGCCAAGAACGGCAUCAUGGACUCCUGUGCCCCAUGGCUACUGGGUAAGGCACUGGGUUAAUGUGUGUGGGUGGGUUGGUGGGGUGCAGAGUGUGUGUGUAGUGUGUGUGUGUAUGUGUGUGUGUGUAGUGUGUGUGUGUGUGUGUGUGUGUGUGUGUGUGUGUGUGUGUGUGUGCACGCACGUGUGAGUGCAUCUACAGUACGCUUAUUUUCAAUUACAGUCACUGUCUCAUUGAUCUAUGCUACUCAAUUGACAGAUAGGACAGGCAGAGAUGUUAAUCCAAUCUGAUAAAGUAGGAUUAUCAUUUUACUGAUUUACACCCAUCAUUGACACUUUUAUCAACUCCCGACAAGCCCUGGGAUUAAGUCUGACAUUGAGAUCCUGCUCAAAAACCUUUGAUGUAGUUAGUACAAUAUGUAAGGCUGAGAACGUUAAGGCGGAGAGCUUGCAUUAACUUACCACAUACGAUAGUUCAAAGAGCAGUUUAAACCUCUCAGAACUGUUAGUGAAGGUGCCUUUCCCAUGUUGCCUCCUUACCAUGCUGACCAUGGUGGACGUCAGAAACACUAACUGACCAAGACCACCUACCUACCACCUGCCAGCUACAGCGCAAUACGAGCUUGAGAUUCCUAGUACUGUAGCGUCACUGUUUUUUAGACGUGUGUGUCUCCAAGUGGGAUGAGUUCACAUUCUGUUCCUAAACGGAAUACCAACGAUUCCUUUUUCCUUCCAGGUAUGCACAAGAAGUCCAUAGAUACCCCUGUUCUAACCUCUCCUGGAAAACUGGAAGCUCCCCUCUCCCAACUUCCUGCCAGGGAACGAGAGGGGGAGAGAGUGGUGGAGCAAGAGCUGUAG